AUGGAAGAAAAAUAUCAAAAAUUUUUAGAAAGUGAAGAAACCAGUGCGACGCGUCUCCCCGACGCAUUUGUCUUAAAUAUGACGGUCAAAUAUUUAUUUGGGGAUACACAAGAUAAGUUAGCUGGGAGUCCUUAUGCCAUUUUUGCAGAGUACAAUGCGAUGAGUCAAACACUCUUUUUGAAUGCGCCGCAACACUUAACUCAAUUUAAGACGUUCAUAUCUUCGUACGACUUCAAUGAGUGUGCGAGUGAGGUUCUAGUGAAUGUUCCAACACCACGCACUGAUUAUUAUCAAAGUAACGAUUAUGCUGUUCUUCAACGAGAUGUGACGGGUUACCUUUCACAAGUCCUUUACGACUUAAGUUUCAAUAAGUUGACAUCUACUACCCCCGUCUUAGAAGGACUUUCGAUGUAUAAAUAUGCCAAUGUUAUGUUAGGGAUGAUCGUAGAUAUAGCAGUUAUAGUGUUAUUAGCUCUUUCUGUGUUACUAGUACACUCCCUUCUAACAAUCAACUUUGACGCCCAAAGUGCAACCCUAAAGAUUCAAAGAACCAUUGGCACCAGAAGACUCUUUUUGGGUAUUCAAUUAGUCUCCAAUUCUUUAUUCUACACCUUCCCAGCUUUGGUCUUAGGCGCUAUACUCUCCACUCUCAUCUUUAUUAUAUCCUCAAUCGUCAUCGGGAAGGUCUUUGAAGUCGACAUCACCUUCUACCCUACUGCACUUGCUAUCAUCCUCGCGAUCGUCUUGUCCUUCUUGGUCCCUAUUAUCGCUACUAUAUUCCCUCUCUAUGACAUUCUAACAAAGGAAUUAACGACGCGGCCGUCGACGUCCCACGUUGUGUCCAUCAAAAGGAAGCGCAGUUCCUAUAUCUCGUGGUACACUAUAUUCCUCGGGAUCUUCGGUACUGCCUAUGGCAUCAUGACUUACUUGAUACUCCCUCGUGCUAUGCUCGCGUUGAACUUAACAGCUAUGUUUGCGAUCUUUGCCGUCUUCAUUCUGUUCCUCUUAAUUGGUUCGGUGAUGUUAUGCCUCAAUGUCACGCCUCUAAUAGAACGGCUGUUACUCUAUUUGCUGUACUUCUGGGACAGAGCGGGGCUUCCGAUGGCUAUUAAGAACUUGUUAGCACACAAACUGCGUAACCGGAAGACGUCGAUUCUCUUUGGGUUGUCGCUUGGAUUCAUUUUGUUCUUCUUCUCGGCGUUUUCGUCGGAGAUGGGGACGUUGAAACAAUCGAUUUUGAAGAUGUCGGGUGCCGAGAUGACAAUCACGACGGUCGAAGGAAGCUUUAAAACAGUCGAGGAGGCUAAUCUGGCGUAUCGCGAGAUCGCGCUGAGAGUCGCGAAAGCAGACGGAGUGGAGGGUGUCACUUUUUCAUUUGAAAAUCUGAUGUGGACGUAUCGGAAGUCGCCGGUCGCUACUGCGACACUCGGACAGAAGGUCAUCGGCCCGGAAAAUAUUGUUCCGGUCCUCCCCAACGCUUUCUAUGUGUUCUACGACGACUAUUUGGAUGUGACAAGAGCGCCAGAGGACACUUCAAUAGGGGACUUGGAUCAAAGAGCAAUACCCAAGUAUUUGUACUCCACAAAUGGAUUCUACAAGGCGCUCACGGGUCAAACGCUUGUUGACUUAUAUCACAUUACAGGCGGAGACAAAAUAAUGAUAGUCGAGUCGAACGCGCUACGCACAAGUAUGACCAAAUUUAUGUCGUUUUUGAGUGUGAGUGGGGUGUUAAAGAGUGCGCCGUUCUUCACGAUCUCGUCGUCUCCUCUGAUGACGUGGCAAGACUUAUUAGUGAGUCUUCCUGAGUAUGUUCGGAUAGGGAAGAAUUAUGUGAGUUCGAUAGAUGAAGUCGAGAUAGUUGGACUUCAUAUAAAAAUUCAAGAAGAUAACGCGGAGAUGGCAAAGAGAGUUGGUUCUCUGGUUGCAAGUCCUUAUUUCAAAACGGCAUAUACUUCAGACUUCUUAAGCCAAAUAGAUACAGUCAAUCUUAUCAUGACAUUCUAUUUGGUCUUUGUUACUAUCAUCGCACUCGUCACAAGCUUCUUCUCUGUACUCAGCGCUAUGUACGCUAACGUCCAGGAACAAAUCAGAGAGAUCGCUGUGCUUAGAGCGAUCGGAGCGGGAAGGUUCUUACUUGUGCGAGUGUACUUGGCUGAGUCAUUUGUAGUGAUCUUUGCAGCAUCGUUACUUGGAAUGGUCGUCGGGUGUCUUGUUGGAUUCACUAUGACACUCCAAAUCAUUUUGUUCACACAAACUCCAGUUGGAUUCACUUUCCCUACAGUCUUGUUUGUGAUUGUAAUCGUCUGCGCUAUUAUAUUCGCCGGAUUGUCGACGUUCUUGCCACUCUUUAGAAUACUUAGAAAACAACCAAUGGAAUUGUUCAGAGAGGAUAAUAGAUAA